ACCCCCAACUUGGCGCGUUCCCUUGGGACGUUCCCCGUCCAACACUAGAGCCACCCACGUCUGAGCCAUGGGUGGGCUGCGCUCUGCGGCGCCCAUGUGGUGCUUGGUCGUAUACACCGUCGCAUGUGGCUUUGUGGGUGGGGGGCCAUCAGCAAGGAGGCUGGACCGACUGGCCCGUGCUGGAGAGGACUCCGACAAAGCCGCUGGUGGCUCCAGCUACGAGAAGAGACCCAACUGGCGGAAGAGAUAUCGUCGCGUUCUUCCCUUCGACGAGGCACGCCGCUGCGUGCAAGCGAUUGGUUUCAGCUGCCGCAGUGAAUGGGAUGAGUGGGUGGCAGAUGGCAAGAAAUCGCCAUUCUUGGGCCCUUACGUGCCGAGCGAUCCGGAGGCCAUGUAUGCAGAAGAGUGGCAGGGCUGGGAUGAUUUCCUCGGGGUGAUUUUGCCCUUUGCCCAGGCACGUUUGGUCUCGAGACUCUUGGGCCUUAAGAACCAAGAGUCCUGGUAUCGCUUCGUGGAGGCCGACCCCGUGCGUCUCCGAAGCCUACGGCUCCCCGCCCUACCCGCGGUCUACUACCGCAACGACUGGCAGGGCUAUGAGGACUGGCUUGACCUACCCAAUGAGACACUCUAUGUGCCCAAAGAAUGGCAGACCUGACACUCCGACCCUUCAUGCCCUGAAGCAUCCUGAAGUGGUCGCUUGUUCCAUGUUGUUCCCAUCUUCCGCUGCGAUCACAUGUUCCGCGACAUCUUCCGCCACACGACAUCGAAAGGAUGGAGAGACAUCGACAUGUUCCUCUAUACCCGUCUCGCGGAUCCGCGAAAUCGCGGAUCCGCGUGGAGGGGAAAUUCCCUACGUGAGGUGAUCCACGGCUUUUUCAAUGCCACUCCCUAUAUAGAGAGGGUUGACAUCCCAGCCAGACAUCAUAUUAUGUUGAGAUCCUUGAUCAUAGAUGGUUCCUCCUGU